AUGGCGGACAGAUACUCCUUUUCCCUCACCACGUUCUCGCCCAGCGGAAAGCUGGUGCAGAUUGAGUAUGCACUCAACGCGGUGAACCAGGGCAUCACGGCUCUGGGUAUCAAGGCCACCAACGGAAUCGUCCUCGCCACGGAGAAGAAGUCGUCGUCGCCGCUGGCCGACCAGAGCUCCGUCUCCAAGAUCAGCAACAUCACCCCCAACAUCGGAACCGUCUACUCGGGCAUGGGCCCCGACUCGAGAGUACUGGUCGACCGCGCGCGCAAGGUUUCGCACACGGGCUACAAGCGCAUCUACAACGAGUACCCCCCGACGCGGAUAUUGGUCCAGGACGUCGCCCGGGUCAUGCAGGAGGCCACCCAGUCCGCCGGUGUCCGGCCGUACGGCGUGAGCAUGCUCAUCGCCGGCUGGGACGAGGGCAUCGAGCCCGAGGAGGAGGAGACCACCGCGGAGGGCGAGAAGAAGCCGAGCAAGAAGACGGGCGGCAUCCACAAGGGCGGCCCCAUGCUCUACCAGGUCGACCCGACGGGCAGCUACUUUCCCUGGAAGGCCACCGCCAUCGGCAAGAGUGCCACCAAGGCCAAGACAUUCCUCGAGAAGAGAUACUCGGAGGAGCUGGAGCUCGAGGACGCCAUCCACAUUGCGCUGCUGACCCUCAAGGACAACAUUGAGGGCGAGAUGAACGGCGACUCGAUUGAGAUUGGCAUCGUCGGCCCGCCCGCGGAGCAUCUCCUGGGCAUGGAAGGUGUCGAGGGGUUGAGCGGACCGCGUUUCCGGAAGCUGACCCCCCAGGAGAUUGAGGACUACCUGACGAGUCUAUGA